GCUAAACUCACAAAACCAUUUGUUUUUGCACAACUACCACGACAGCACGGAACUAUAUUUUGCCUCCGAGGUCGACCGCCUCUCUCCUGAUCGCUCCGCUAAUUACUCUUCUGAAGACCGCAAUAGACUGUCGGAAUAUAGCGACUGGACAGUCAGAAGUCCGGCGUUGUUUUCUUUGAUUGGCUUUUCCUCCACGGAAAUAUAAGAUGGCUUUUUAGCAGUUGAUGAUAUUUACCUUGAUUGUUUAUGUGAUUAUGUGGGAUGCAACAUAACCUACCUGUAUGUCGGAGCGUGUGAAAGCUUGGUGACAGGUUUACCUGCCAAUAUCUUGUGGUCAUCCCAUUUGGAAUGUAAACACCCAACAUGGCUUCUAAGUGUCGAAAGUUUGUGCCUAACAUUUUCAAUAAGACUAAGUGUCAAAACUGCUUCGGAGCUAAGGAAAACCAUUCCGCGGAGGCUUUGGAAAAUAAUAAGGCGUCACGGAAAGUGUCAAAAUGCGGAUACUUGUUUGUGUCUCCAGGCUUCGACUUCAACAACCCCCUUGACAGAACUAGGAGAUGGCAGAGACGAUUCUUUGUGUUGUACGAUGAUGCCGAGCUCACCUGGUCUGUGGAUGAUAAUCCUGACACAGUACCGCAGGGCACUAUCGACAUGAACAAGUGCUCCGAUGUCCAGGAAGCAGAGAAGGUGACUGGCCACAUCAACUCCGUGUCUGUCAUGACCCCAGAGAAGACCAUCUACAUCAAGGGAGAGUCGAAAGAAGAGUCACAAUGGUGGUAUGACGUCCUUAUCGAGUUUCCUAGAUCCAUGAAUGCAAUUUUGAAACCACGGCGGAAGUCCACACUAGGCCUGUGCAAUAAGGAAAACGUGCAGCCUGAGGGAUCUAACAAAAAGGGCGAAGAUGGCAAGGAUAUCCUCAAGGGGAGAUUCGAGGUUGAGAAGGUGAAGGGAAAGUCGGAUAUGCCAACAUUUUCCACAUUUAAGGGGGUUCGUAGUCUGAAGCACAAGUAUGACAAGAACUACCAGGACGGCUUACGUAAGAGUAGCAGCUUACACGACUUGUCUUCAGAGGACAAAAAGGUUGAUAGUGAUUUGGUGUCGUCACGAUUCCUCAGUCGAUCAGGUGAUCGUCUUGACUAUGUCAGCAAAAAUAACAGUCUGUACAACAUCUCUGGUCAUUCGAAGAUCCUGUCAGAUUCGAAAUACACGAGUAACCCUUAUUUCACCCUACCUCGUGUCAACCGCUCCCCAGCACUCCUCCUACCCAAACCCUAUCCAGGAGCUACAUCCACUCCAGUGUCGUCUGCUACCGCCCACUCCAACAGACGCAGUUCCUUUGAUGACCGGCCACAGAGGAAGAAUCUCUCUGCUGCAGAGCGCGCCCGGCAACAUCGGGAGAGGUCGACCAGCAUGAAGGACUUCCCCACCCAGCUGUCCCUCCCCCGGGAUGAUGGGUCGGGGGACAUGUUGUCCAAAGUGCAGGACGAUGGCGCCAGUGAAACCAUGAGCACUGAUGAGACAGAGAGCAAUGAAACUGAUGAACUUAAAAUGGCCCGCAGUUCUGAGAUGAGUGCAGUUAACAGGGCCCACUCCCUAGCUUCCACCCCUGUCAGUCCUGACCCCAAGGGAACUAAAUACGAGGACCUGGUCUACAUGAAGAAGGGCUGGCUCAUCAAGCAAGGCCCACUCGACAAGGACAUGAAAAAGCACUGGUUUGUCCUGGCGGGCAACUCUCUCCGCUAUUACCGUGACGCUAAAGCUGAAGACAUGAAUAGUCUUGAUGGUCGCAUUGACCUUUCAACUUGUUAUGAGGUGUCAGAGGUCAACACAGCCAGGAACUAUGGUUUUAAGAUCAAGACCCGAAAUGGGGAAUACAACCUGGCGGCCAUGACGUCCGGGAUCAGGAACAACUGGAUGAAGGCCAUCCGCCUGUGUAUGGACCUGCACAGUUCCGGUCGUACACACAGCAUGCCAUCAUCUACCCUUACCAGCAAAACUCUGACAGGGGCACGGGCUGUUGAUGAUUUUGAUGUCAGUGCCACGUCUGGUCAGACCACGACAGUUACCGGGUCCAUGGGUGAAACUGCCUUCCAGUUGGUUGGGCGGAGAGAACAGACCAAGAAAGACACCAAGAACACAAGGAGGCAUCAUUCUGAUGUCAAUCCCGGAAAUGUCAGCAAAGCUUUCUCAGUCAAAGAGUUUUCAUCCAGCCUUGACCAAGUCCCAGCCGGUACCUCAUCCAGCAACCAAAGCAUCGGUAGUGAUCGUAGCACUCAAAGUAUGGAAUAUGAACACUCCAAUAUAGAGAAUAAGGGAUCACCCCGUCUCUCCCGGGGAACAAAGAUCCCAAGACACCACAUUCCUCCACAGGAUCUUACGUGGCAGAGUGGCAACAAUCCCCCACUGAAACGAUACGUGGAAGGCAGCGACAAUGCACCCACUGCUCCAGGUGGUGAUACAGCCCGAGUUCCAAAACGUUCCAUCAUGAGUGAGAGCAGCAAGGAAGAAGAACAGAGAGAGAAAAUGAGACGUGGGAUGUCGCCGAGUGCAAGGGUGAAGGAAAAAACCCGACCUGCUAAAGCUGCCCGCAUGCAUUCCCCUCCCCCUUCAGAUGAUCCAUAUCACUUCAAUCUGUCCGGCUCCAGUAAGGAGACCUACUCGGGAGACUCUGAUAAUGACGAAGUCGAUAUGGGGGACCGGAGUCUGUCACAGGACCAGUUUAAUGAUGAACAGAUGCGAUCUGAAGAUGACGACAACAUGAUGGGUGGAGCUUCGUCAGGGUCCAUCAGUGAUGGAGGAGGGGUUCUAGUGGAGUUUCUGGAAACAGAGGUGGAAUCCCUAAAAGAUCGGCUGGAGAAAUCUCAGCACGACCUUGCCAAGAUGCAUGAGACAAACCGUGAUCUGAAGAGUCGUCUUCACACCUCAAGCUCACAGAGCCACCACAUGGAGAAUCCCUAUGUAGGCGGAGGGCGUUGGGGCCAACAGCAGUCACAGUAUGAUGCCUCACAGGUCCAAGGGAUGAAGAAACAGAUGAAGGAUGCCAAGGACACUGUCCAGAAACAGAAGUCUGAGAUUGACAACUUAAAGUCCAAACUUGACAUGUCGGUUUCCAAACUCACAGGGACGGAGAAGGCUCUGUCCGAAGCCUUGAAGAAUCUCAAGCAGGAGAAGGAUAGGUUCAUAAAGCUGACAAGUGAGUGGAACCGACGAAUCAGAACCCUGGAAACUGAGCUGAAGGAUAAGUCCUUGAAGCUGGAAAGAAGUCGUGAGAGCCUGUUAUCAAAGGAGCGUGAAUGUCAGCAUCUUGAGUCUGAUGUUAAGGGCCAGCAGCAAAAGUGUCGAGAACAUGAAAGGGAGAUCCUUAGGAUGAAAGCAGUUGAAUCUGAUUACAAACAGUUGAAAGAAAAACUGGAAUCUAAGGAAAAAGAACUGUUGGCCAUGCAAAAACUGCUGAAGGAGAAAGAAUUGGAAUGUAAGAAGGUGGCAGAAAGUUAUGAGAAGCAGAUUGAAGAGAUGGAGAAAGAGUAUGGUCAUGAGAGGGACGACCUUGAGAAUCACCUUGAGCAGAUGAAAGCUCAACUGUGUCAGGCUCAUGAGAGGCAGACCACGAUGAAGGAUUCUAUCACCAGCAACAUUUCUGAUCUAAUGAGAGAGAAGAAUGAGAUCAUUUCACAGCUGGAGGAAAAGUUGAUUGAAAAUGAGAAAAAGAUGGAGGAUAUGAGUGAGAACUUCCAGGCAAUGAUGGCUGAAAACACAGAGCUGGUACAUAGUGUAGAGUCCCUACAGGAUGAGAAGACAAGGCUUCAGGACAAGCUUGGAGAGAUGGAGAAAUACCUGGAUGGACUUCAUGACAAGAUAACACACUAUGAGCCAGAUAAUGUGUCUCUCAGGAAACAUAUGGAUGAACUCAGGAAAGAGAACCAGCUACUCUCAGAGAAGCUCAGCUCUGAGAAAAAGUCCUUCUCUCAACACCAAAGAGAAAAGGAGGAGCUUCAGAAGACAAUACAAGAUUUGAACAAACAGAUUCAGGGACUUCAGUUGAGGCUGAUAGAGAGGUUUGAGGACAUAGACCAGGCUCACUCGAGCAGGUCUUCCUCAGGGGGAGAUUGUCAGGAACUCCUCCAUAGUGUACUUAUCAUGGACUCAGAGCUCAAAGAUAUCAAUGCAAUGCUUCUUGAGCUGCGGCAAAAUUUCGAUGCAUAUCUGGACUCUCUUCAGGGAGAAAGCCGUACAAAGUUUACGAGUUUGGCUGAUAUGAUUGAAGACAUUGGCAGGAAGUGUCAUUCUGUGCAGGAAAUUCUAAAGGACUCUGUUGACCCCUCACUUGCAGAGUCUGUAGGUUCUGAUUACAAACAUGAUAUUAAAGUAGACUCUUCUUCAGAGAGCCAUGUGAUAAUGAAUGAAUAUGGUAGCCUCAAGGACAAAUUUGACUGUGCUGUGGCAGAGUUGAAAAAGUUGAGGAAAGAGGUGAAUGAUGUGUACAGGAGUUGUGAUAAACUCGAGUCAGAGGAUAGGAGGCUGAGGGAAAAGGUGAAGAAAAUGGAAGAAGGCUACAAAUCUCAGUUAGAGCAGGUGAUUAAGAAGGCAGAUAUGCUUUCUUCACAGGUUGAUGUGAGGGGAGGUGGAAGAUUGUCCCAAUCUUCCAGCCAUGAAACUAUUCCUUCAGAUCUUUCUGCCACCAUUGAGCAACAGCUGAACAAUCUUGAACAAAAACUUUUACUUGUUGAAAAAUCAAUUGCUGAUAACGAAACAAAAGCCAGCUCAGGAACUGUUAAGACCCAGAGUAGCUCAAGGCUGUCACUGUCUCCUGGUGAUAGUCAAAAUAUUGUGCAGAAACUCAAAGAAAUGAAAGCUCAAUUAGAAAAAUCAAAUUCUCAUUUAUCUUCAAUAGCCAAAAGUAUAAAUACAAAUACAGACAAAAUGGACACUAGUGAAACUGCAGGUGCAGAGUCUUUACAAUCACGGAUUGAUAAGUAUGGCAAGAAGAUUGACAGUUUGGCAAGUAAAAUAGAACAAGGAUCAAAGCAAACUUCAGGGAACCCACAUGGGGUAGGUGGUCCACAAGAUAGUGCAGCUGUGGAUGAGUGUUUCAGGGAAAUCAAGGAGAAACUUCAGGACAUCAAUGAGCAGCUAGAUGGCUUAGAAGAGGACUCCGAUUCCGAUGAUGAGGAACAGGAGCAAAUUACUGUGGAGGAUGUGAGAGAGAGGGUGGCUAAUCUCAUGGGCUACCUUGAACAACAUUCCAACAUGACUCAGGCAGACUGGAACAUUCUUGGAGUGUUGCAGAGACAGCUGGUGUCAUCAGAUAAAACCACAACCAGCACUGAGGAGCUUAGUUCUGAAGACAAGCUCCUUCUGUACUCCGAUCGUCUUGCCAUGGAAGCUGUGAUCUUGCAGGAAAUGUCUGUUCUUCUUUCGGAUGAAUAUGGUGAUGAGAACAGAGAUACUGUGUUGAAAGAAAUUGAUGCUCACAAUUGUCAUAUGCUGUUGACCCAGCAGAUGAUAGAAAAAGAAACGCAGUCAAUGCAUAUGGAGAGGAAGGAAGAUGUGAUGAGAUCCUAUGCUUUUCUCUUGGCAGAAAAGAUAGUUCUUGAGGAUCAGUUAGUGUCACCAGCUCUUGAUCAGAAUGAGUCCAUGGAGGACGACUCCAGUCUUGGACUGAGUCGCCCCAGAGUCCUUGCCAAAGAGGCUCUAAUAAGAUCUCAGUUGGAUGCCCACAUCAAUAACUGUUUGGAGAAAUCUCUUAAUGUCCUUGAUCCUGUCUCAACUCAUAUGAUCACCAAGUCACUGAUUCAAGGAGAACUCACUUAUGCACUGAAUACAAUCAAAGAAACUCUUGUGUCUUUCGAUCGUCAAGGAGGUGUUGACAUGUGCAAAAAACGUAGAGACUUCUUGUAUAGGCAGAUGAAAGCCAGGGAGAAAGUUCUAGUGAACUUGGUGGAAGAAUACCAAGUUCAGAUGGUGAAAUCAUUAGCUGUGAUUAUUGCCAAGGAAGGAGAAGAGGUGACUGUUUUCGAAGGUGCUGAGAGUGUUCUUGAAGACGUCUGCUCUGAGAUCUCUACGGUGAUGGAGAAACACAUCCAGAGCCACAAAGAAAACGUUCGCUAUGCUGAGGACACUGAAACAGCCCACAAGCACGAUUUAAUUGUAGACACCUUAAGGGCAGAUAGAGAGAAGGUGUUGGCUGCAAUCAGGUUAGAACAUACCAGUUAUGCAAGUCAGGAGGAACCCAGGAGUGAUGAUGUUGAACUCCCUCUGCAAUCAGUUGAUACUACAAUAGAAAACUUUGGACAACUCAUGGUUCAAAAUGCUGUCAUGAAGGCAACAUCUGUGUUUGUGAGUGAAUUGUAUGCAAAAGAAGACUUGUCUUUAGAAGUUGAUUCUAGUGAUGAUGAAAGUGUGGUUUCUGAGUUUGAGGCUGAUAAAAGCAUAAACGUUUUUGUGAAAUCUUUGAGUGGCAUUUUAGCAAAGGAGGCUUCCUCCAAAAGAACUUUGGCAGCACAACUUGCAACUAAUAGCCCAGAAACACCAGGGAAUAUAGUUGGAAGGAUACCUGACGUAAGUAAAUAUCCUCCUCGGUUAUCUAGGUAUGCUGACUCUAUAGUAAGAGAGUCGGUGUUCCAGGCUCAAUUAACCUACACAUUGCAUAAAGCAAAACUACAGCAUGAUAGUGAAGUUGAACAGCUGAGGCAUGACUAUCCAUUAAGGAAACCAGAGAUCAUGCAUGAGGAAAGUAGAGACUCAGAUAUUGACUUCCAUGGUGUCCUUCUGCCUCUUGAGGAGGUUAUGGAGAACAAGUAUGAGGAUGAGCUUGAGGUCCUGCAGGUGAUUGACAAGCAGGUGACUGUGCUGAAAGAUGUGGUUAAAGAUGCAAAAUCUCGGAACUGGUCCCAGGUUGAGGACCAGUUGCGGCUGCUUGAAGAAGCCUUCCAGCAUCAAAUGGUGGCAGCUCAGGAAAGACACGAUGUCCAAAUGGAAGUGUUCAAACAGGAGCUGACAAAAGUGGAAAGGAUGUGGGAGGACCGAGAGAAUGAGCGUGUGGGUUUCGAAGGAGAAUGUGGUCAGCUGCAUGUGUACCUGGAAUCCAUGCGUGCCAACCAUGACGAGGAGGUGGAGAGGAUGAAGCAAGAUGUGAUGACCGCUGUCAGUGCUAUCAGGGCAAAUGAGGAAACACAGAUGAUUGCUCAGGUCCAGAAACUCAAGGAACAACUGGCUACACAGACAGAGAACCUCAAGACCUUCCUUGAAGAUGUGAAAAAAGAAUCUUCAAAGGCCAGUCAACCUGACCUUGUACGCAAGGUGGAACAGCAACUGGUUCAACUCCAUUCAACAGCAAUGUCACUGGAUUUGGAGACAAUCCCUGCGAUGCCCAAGCCGUCUGCUCCAGACUCUGCUGAAGGGAAUCAACCUGUUGUGAAUGUGUCGCCUACAGUGGAGUCAGGGAGAGGUGAGAAGGUGAUGGACCUGUGCCAACAUGACAACGAGUUCGAGCAGCUGAAGCGUGAGAAGGAGGAGGCCCUGGCGGAGGAGAUGAGGAACACUAAGGCUGCCUUGGAUGCCAUGAGGAAAGCCUAUGAGGAGGAGCUCGGCGAGGAGAAGGAAAAGUACAGGGAAGCUCUCAUGACCAUGUACACAGAUGACUAUGUCAAUGAGUUCAAGAGCAGGCAUCAACAUGAGAUGGAGAAAAUGGGUGACGAGCUUGGUCAGAUCCAGAUGCACUACCAGAGCAAGUGUGAGGACUACAAGCUGCUUGAGGUGAAGCUGCAGCAGACCAAACAGGAGUAUGAGAACCAUUACAAGCAGCUCAUCCUCAGUAAUGACCACCUGAACAUGAUGCUGAACAAGGAGAUAGAUGGCCUGAAGGAUUUCAUCCGUAAUUGGUGUGUUACAAGCCCAACAUGUCCAGCGGAGGGGGCACCAUGGAGGAAGACCUCUUUGAUGCUCAGAUCUUGAUCCGUGUGAAGGAUGCCGAGCUUCAGAAACUCCGAUCUCAAGUGAAAAACUUUGAAAACAGCCUGCAGAGAAGCACGGAGGAACACCGCCAGGCCAUGACCCAGUACCUGCAGGUGCUCAAGGAGAACCACG